CGCAGGAGCCGCAGCGCGGCCAUGCCCGCCCCCGUCGCGCCCCGCCGCCUGGCCGCCGCCGCCCCCGCCGGCAAGGCCAAGCUCACCCACCCCGGCAAGGCCAUCCUGGCAGGUGGCCUGGCUGGAGGGAUCGAGAUCUGCAUCACAUUCCCCACCGAGUAUGUGAAGACGCAGCUGCAGCUGGACGAGAAGGCAAACCCUCCCCGCUACAAGGGCAUCGGGGACUGCGUGAAGCAGACUGUCCGCGACCAUGGCAUCCGAGGGCUGUACCGGGGACUCAGCUCGCUGGUGUACGGCUCCAUCCCCAAGGCCGCUGUCAGGUUCGGGAUGUUCGAGUUCCUCAGCAACCAGAUGAGAGACGAGCAGGGGCGGCUGGACAGCACGCGGGGCCUCGUCUGCGGGCUGGGUGCCGGCGUGGCCGAGGCCGUGGUGGUGGUCUGCCCCAUGGAGACCAUAAAGGUGAAGUUCAUCCAUGACCAGUGCUCCCCGAAGCCCAAAUACCGCGGCUUCUUCCACGGUGUCCGGGAGAUUGUUCGGGAACAGGGACUGAAGGGGACCUACCAGGGCUUAACCGCAACUGUCCUCAAACAAGGAUCAAACCAGGCCAUCCGCUUCUUCGUCAUGACCUCCCUCAAGAACUGGUACAAAGGGGACGAUCCCAACAAGGUCAUCAACCCCUUCGUCACAGGGGUAUUUGGAGCCCUCGCCGGAGCUGCGAGUGUCUUCGGCAACACCCCCUUGGACGUGGUGAAGACCAGGAUGCAGGGGCUGGAAGCGCACAAGUACAAGAGUACCUGGGACUGCGCCUACCAGAUCAUGAAAUACGAGGGACCCCUGGCGUUUUACAAGGGCACAGUGCCUCGCCUGGGCCGCGUCUGCCUCGACGUGGCUAUCGUCUUCGUCAUCUACGACGAGGUGGUCAAGUUCCUCAACAAGGUGUGGAAAACGGACUGAGGGGGCCGGGCCGGGGCGGCCCUCGCCUCCCUCGCCCCGUGGGGCUGCAGCUGGAGAGCCGUGACCAAGCCUGCAGCUGCCUGCCGGCGCUGCCCAGGGCCAAGUCUGCCCCACGCACAUGCCCUCCCCCCAAACCCAGCCACCUUUAUGUUUAGGAACAGACUCUGGAGCAGGUUAAAUUAUUAGUCGUGUCCUAAAAGGAGCGGGGAGGGAGCAGCAUCCCAGCAUCCCGGUUAUGCCCGCCCUGAUCCCCUGGUGACACUUCCCCCUGGUUCCACAUCACCUGCGAGCGCCGGUUAUCCAGGGCGAGGUGUCCCCUGGGACAGUGGCCCUGUGCCCCCGGGGCCCCUGGCAGCCAGGAGCUGCAGGCUGCCUGGGGGCCAGCUCUUUUUGGGUGUGCUGAGCCCCCCGGAGCCAUGUGAGUGCAAUGGCCAAGCUGUGCACCAGGCAUCGCAGCUGGCGGAGGCUCUUGGGGCUGACACCGCUGGCUGGGAGCCAUGCACCGGGUCUCACAGCGGCUCCAGGGGGGCCCACCAGCCCUGCACCCCCUGGGACAGGAGGGCAGUGACCCGCUGGCGCGGCCCCAGGCUCCCUCCUCCCUCCUCCCUGCCAGCACCGAGACCUGCCGGGUGCAGCAUCCCAGCCCCCGGGUCCUGCUCAGCCCCGGGCUGCUGAGCAGGUGCUGCCCAAAAUUGCACAUACAGCUAGGCCUUUAGUUCUCCUCACCACAGGGCCAGGAUUGGGGUGAGCUGGGUGCCCCCAUCACUUGCCGUUUACAGUCGAGAUGUGUGUGUGAGCCGGGGUGAGGAGGUGCAGCCCCGUGCUGCAGACUUGGCCCCUCAGCUGGGGGUGCAAACCCCUUCUUCUGCCACAUUCCCCCCAUCUGCCCUCCCGCCGCCUCUCCACGGCCCCACAGGUAAUCCUGUAGCUUUCAGAGCUUCACGCUGACCCACUAACACCCAUGGCCGUGGGGCCGGAGCCCUGCCCUGCCCUGCCCUGCCCUGCCCUGCGCUGGGCUCGGCCCCACCGGAUUUGUGCCAAACUUCUCCCGAAGGAGCUGGGCGGGCGCUGGAGCCAGGGCUCGACCCGUCCUUCCUCCCUCCUGUGACCAGUGAUGAACGCAGCCUUAACACAGGAGGGCAAAGGAGGAGAAGGAAAGCCUGGGCAUGGUUUACCUGCGGCUUUCUGCUCUGAAGCCAGUAAGGGUUGGGUUUGUUUGGGUUUUGGUUUUUUUUUUUAUUAUUCUGUUUUACAUUCGCAAUUUGAAUAAAAUCAGUCUGGCUUUAACAGCU